GAUUGUGGGGUAUAUAAGUGACAGGAGAGUGUGGGAGACAGGACAGAGCGACUCACACUCACUGAGCAUGGCUGAACUAUACAUCUCUCUGCUGGUGGCUGCUCUCUGCAUUGGCACAGCUGCUCCCCUGAAGUGCUACACAUGUACCAGUGCCACCAGCAACUCCAACUGCAUGACCCAAACCAACUGCACCGCAACUGACACCUCCUGCCAGACUUUUCUUGGUUCCGUUUCUGUUUUGGGGGUAUCAGCCACGUCCAUCACUAAGACCUGCACAACCAGUUGCACUGCAGGAGGCACCAGUUUUGCCGGGGUCACUGGUUCAGUUUCCUGCUGCAACACCGACCUGUGUAACGUCAGCGGAGCCAAUGGUGUAAAAUACAGUUUCCCUGCGCUGGGCCUGUCCCUCGGGUUCCUAUUGGUCCUGCUCAGAAGCUCCGCCCAGUGAGGCCCCCCAGUUGCACUCACAUAUGUCUGUUAUUAAAAUGUCACUAUUGGCCGUGUGUGCCCCAGUGUGGGUGAAUAAAGAUACUGUGCGGUAAAAUUA